GGACAGGGCAGGGCAGCCAGGUGGGCAUCCAGUGCCAGGUGGAUCGCUCCUCGUUCCCGUGCGGAUGUUCCCGGGACGGCUGCGGAAACGCCUCUGGGCGGAUCGAGUUCAACCCGCUCCGCGUCCGGACCCACUUCCUGCACACGCUGAUGAAGCUGCAGCUGCAGAGCCGGCGGGAGGAGGAGGAGGAGGAGGAAGGGGGGGAGGGAGCGGCCCCGGGUCACCCCUGGGGUCCCCCCCAGCCCCCCGAGACUCAGGACUUCCAGGAGUACCUGGCGGAGAACGCGCGGGCGGUGCUGCACCUGCAGACGGCCGAGGAGCUCGAGAGGAGGAGGAAGGACGAGGAGGAAGAGUCGGGCGCGGGGGGGGGGGGGGGGGGCGGGGGGCUCUGCGUCCUGGGGGAGCACCUGGACGGCACCACCUGGCAGGUGAGACCCUCCCCGGGCCCCGCCCCCGGCCUCGGCCCCACCCCGUUCCCGCCGGGAUCGCAGGUCCUGGGAUUCCCCACGGAGCAACCGGUGCAGGGGGGGGCCCAGGUGGGUCCCCAGGUAGGUCCCCAGGUGUGCUCUCAGGUGAGCCCUGAGUUAUGCCCCCAGGUGAGCUCCCAGGAGUGUUCCCAGGUGAGCCCUCAGGUGUGCCCCCAAGUAUGCUCCCAAGUGAGCCCUCAGGUGUGCCCCCAGGUGAGCUCCCAAGUGAGCCCCCAGGUGUGCCUGCAGGUGAGCCCCCAGCUGUGCCCCCAAGUGAGCCCCCAGGUAGGUUCCCAGUUGUGCCCCCAGGUGUGUUCCCAGGUGUGCCCCCCAAUGGGCUCCCAGCCCUACCUGGCAGUGGAGCCCCAGGCAGGUGGGACAGGUGGGAAUGGCCCUGAGGAGCCUCCGGCUCCAACCUACAGCCCCUGUGGGAAGGACCUGGGGGUCUCACCUACCCCCACUGCUGAGAGCGAGGGGGGGGCUCCCCAAAACCCCCCGGAGCACCUGGAGCUGCCCCACCUGUCCAUGUGAGCGGCUCUUCC